CAGGGGCAGGGCACCUUAUGAGCAAGAAUUAGCAAACGUCUACGAUCAUGGCUGCUUCUGGCAAUCCCUUGAUUUGGAGUAGUUCGAAGCUUGUUUAUGAAGGCGAAUUCUCGUCUGCUAUACGAGGCCAUCAUGUUUACAAAGUCACAUGGUCUGCAACUUAAGACUCAAAUUCCAAGCUAUCAGUGACAUUCAACGCUUUACCCUUCCGAUCAUUCCGACAAAUAAUAGCAACACCACCACCGAUUCGCGAGCCAGCUCGAUCUUUCCUCACCAUAGCAUAGCCCUCUGGGCAAUUGGAAUGUGACAGGAUUAUCAUACUCAACCAUGACUCCGAAACAAAACAGUCCUCGAAUAAAAGUCGUCCCUCGAUUAAUCGCUUCCCUCGAAUAAUCGCCCCCUUAGACCGAAAUGUUUAAAAUAAUCGCCUCCCUCCAAUAAUCGCCCACCGCCACCCCUCUCGCCAUCUUCUCUUGCUUUUAUCCUCUCCCUGUAAAGUUGCAGUGGAGCCUAAUCCAGCGAAACCGAUUAGUGACAAUUCAAGCUCGGGUGCCGAGAGGAUUUUGGCAUUGAAAAUUUAUCAAAUAACCAAAUUUGGAACACUUAAAAAGCCUUUGUUCUGUUUAUUUGAUGUUAUCAAUUUUCGGUUCAAUGGAAUAAUAAAACAAAAUAUUUAGGAACUAAACUCCAGUGAGCAAUAUUUGAAAUAAUCGCCCGCUCAAAUAAUCGACUCCCUUUUUGUGGGAAAAAAUAGUCUUCGCUCCCGGCUAUUAUUCGAGGAAUUACGGUAUCAAUGUUAUUGUUACUAAGCUCAGGAUAAAGCGCCGGAACUGCAUCAGGUUUUGCCAGGCACCGGGCAUUCAAAACCAUACGCUUUGGCACUAUGUUUAAGUGCUGUAGGCACUUUGUUGAUUUUGACAAUCGAGAGCGUUCGCGGCCGUUCACUCUGGUUGCGUGAAUUAGGGUCAACCUUGUCACGAUAGGGUGGAACAAUAGUCUGUGAUUGAAUAGCGGCGCUUAUUGGUAUUGGGGCGCUUGGAAUGCCCGGGUGGGGGGUACUUCCUAGUAGUAGGCUAAUGGGUAUGUGAUGCUGGAUUGGGCCACAUUUUCACGACUGGAUUGACUAUUAUGGGGUUACAUUUUUAUAAGAGUUACAGGAACGGGGUCGCACAUUUUCAGGUUUUUGGGGGUCAGAAAACUUAGGUAUGUAGGGAUUUAAAAAUAGAAAGAUUUACGCCACACCAAGUUUAACAAAAAUAUGGCAGAUCAUUUUAGGAUCGAUGUUCUAGUUAAAUGCUUUAGAAGGUAGAUGCAUAAGCAGAAAGUCACUAAGUUGGGAUUCCGAAAAUUACUUUUUUCCAAAAGUGAGUAAGAUGGGGUCUCUAAUAUCGCCACAGUAUGGACUAUAAUGGGGUCAGGGUUUUGAGAGGCCAGCGGCACAUACCCAACAAAAAUUAACCCAAGUAACCCUCCCCCCUGGUUGGAACAAGGGUGCUUAUGUAAUAGGGGUGCUUAUUAGAGAGUGGGCGCCUAGUGGAACGAAGUUAGUUCCUUGAUGUUCAGAAUAACUGUUUCUGUUAGAGGGACAGGCAUUUCACAUGAAUGCAAACAACACUUAUAAUUCUGGUGACGCAAAACACAACACUGAUUUUACGCACGAUUCAUGGUGUUUUGAACAUGCAUGGAGACGUGAAGUAAGCGCAGUAAAAAAAAAACAAGUUUAAAAUAGCAGAUGGAUUGUUCCACAGUAUCAAAAAAUAACCAACAUUUAAUUUUAUCUGUCACAAUUGAAAUUCAGUAAAAUUAUGUUUACCAUAGAUUUGUUUUAAUAACUUAAGAGACCGUACUGAAAGAUUACAAGAAGGACAAUAAACACUGAUGUAGCCCCUCAUGACCCUCCUCAAGUAAAAUAGAAGCCAAUGAACUACGCAACCUCGAAGACAUUACUUACCUUUAAUAAGCAUUCUCUUUCUUUUUCACUAGCUCCUUUAGAAAUAGAAGCACGUGGAGAAAAAGCACAGCUCGCUUAUCAAAGUGCUCUUAAAUAUGGAGCUGUUAAUGUUUACCGUGGUCGAGUAUUUCUUAUUGGGCAGGAUCGGGCAGGAAAAACAAGUUUGAAGAAGUCUCUCAUUGGUCUACCAUUUAAUCCAAAAGAAAAAAGCACGGAUGGAAUUGAAGUGGAUCCUUCAAAAUUUCAGUUGGACGUUGGCGAAGUCAGCAAUUGGCAACCUAUUGAUGAGAGAAAAGAAGGAUUGCUGGGAUGUUCGAGAGAUGUGGCACAGAUGGUGGUGGAAAAGAUGUAUGAUAUUUCAGCUAGCCGUGCCUGGGUUCAGGAAAAGGAAAGAGGUGAAGCAAUACUUCAAAGUGAUGAUAACAAAAAUUGGAAACGGGUUGAUACUGAUGGAGAAAAGGAGGAAGUUUCUCUUGUGAACCAGGUUUGUCUUUGUUGGUUUUGGAAUGUGAUGUUUUUUCGUGAAUCCAUCGUUACUGCAAAAACGUGCUAACAGUAGGUAUUAUAAAUUGAUUAUCGCCUUCUUCAUAAGUUAGGUUAUAGUGACUUCCCUGCCCUUUGCCACAGUCUCCGUAUGGAAAAUAUGUAACAACCGCCAGAUCGUUUUCUAAUUAACUCGUUUUCCAAUGCUGGUUAAAAAUUUUACCCAGCGUUUUUAUACUUGUAAGUUUAGUUCCGAGAGUAGAAUGGUACUACUAUCAACCAUUUAGUUAUAUUUCCAUGAUUGUACCCAUCUACACGUAAGCUUAGCCUUUGGGUUAGUAGUGCGUUUGCAAACCAAAGUGAGUUUAGCCAUAUCUUUAUUUAUACUUUUAAGUGUUAAUUAGGCCUUGAGCAUAGCUUUCCCUUAUUUUGUUGUUGGUUUUAAUCACAAUUUCGCGAAUUUCUUUUUUCAGGCUUCUUUACGCAACUGCACAAAUUGCGUUCACUGCGACGAUCAUUUCUUCAUUUUCAUUUUAAUUUCGCUAUUGUUUCCUUUUUUAUGCGAGGAGUAAAGCCAAGGGGCCGGGAGGACUCAAUCAAACACCAUUUUCCUAUAUAUUCUUAAACUCACUGUUUCUUAAAAAAUGCAAGAGCGUAGUAAUGUUUUGGAUACCUCAUGCCUCCAAUAAUCGUGCCUCGAUGUUUGAUCUUAUCGAGAAUUUUCUGUCAUCAAAAACAACUUUAAAUGGCUGAAUAAUCAAAUCGGAGGGUGAAGAGGAAUAAUUACGUGUUCAUUAUGCCAUUAUACCAGCUCGAAAAUUUUCCUUAUUCCAUUAUUCCAGAAAAAAAGAACAAAUUAUUCCGUUGAAAACAUCUGCUUAUUCCAUUAUUCCGCGCCACAAAAUGACAUUAUUCCAUAACAAAAAAAUGCCGUUAUUCGUACGCCAUUAUUCCUCUUCUCCCCCAAAAAUCGAACCAACCAUGUUAAGUCUUUCAGAAUCAGAAUCAACAGUUAUUUUUUUCAUACUCUGCUACAGGUUGGUGAUCCAAACGACGACAGUGUUAGUGAGCCCACAUUAACAGGACCUGAUCAUGAUUUACUGGUUGAUACUACUUCACCUCCGGAGCAGAUCAAGGAACGAGCUGAAAAUUUGAUAAAGUAUAUGAAAGGUGAAGAUGUCACGCCUGAAGAAUCUGCUGUCAGUAUUGAAUUGUGGGAUUUUGCUGGACAACACCUGUAUUAUGCAUCCUAUCCUGUAUUUUUAUCACCACGUGCGCUGUACAUCUUGGUGUGCAACCUCAGCAAGUCACUGCAUGACACAGCCAAGCCCUGUGUGAGACAAGGGUCUCGUAAUGUUCCUUUGGAAAACCCAAAUGGAGAAACAAAUCUUGAGAACUUGUUGUCUUGGCUGUCCACAGUGCAUAGCGUUGCACAGAUGAGAAGAGAAACCUGUGAUGACGUAGAAAAAGAGGUGCCUCAUUUGCGGCCCCCAGUGAUCAUUGUAGGAACCCAUGCAGACAAACCAUUUGAAGACAUUGAAACAAUGAAAACAGAAAUCCAGAACGCAAUUGCUGGUAAGGACUAUGAGGGACAUGUGGUGCGGCCUAUCUUCAGCAUUGACAACACUGCAAAAUUACUUCAGAGUAAGAUCAAGACAAUGGUUUUCGGGAAAGACGAAAACAUUGAUAAGAUCCAAGCUUUACAAGUCAAAAUCAUGGAAGUGCUAAGACAGGAGCCUUACAUUGGGGAGAGGAUACCUAUAAGGUAAAAAAUGGUUAUACAAGAACAAAAUCCAUUAAAGUAAAUAUUAAAUAAAUUAUGGUGAAGGUUUGAGCUCUGAGCGCACUGAAAGUGCUGUUUAUGUGUAUGGCAUUUGUUUUCGCCAGUCCUUGUAAAAUUUUUCUUUGAUGUGCAAUGUUGCGACGCUAUAUAAAAGCGUGACCGGAAAACAUCUAAAGGCUGGUUCAUUGUAUAGUCCUUUACUUUGGUUACAGAAGAACAGAAAAAAUUCAGUGAUUCCUGUAUGAGCCACCUGGCGGUAAUAAGAAAUGAAUAUCUCGUUGUUUGAAACAAGUUAACCAUGAAAAGCAGUUUUGACAGGCCUUAAGGAAUAUUCUACCCGAAAGGGUUUGAUAACGUUAUUACGAAUUGACCAAAAAGCACCAUGUACAUUUCAAUUGUCGUUUUAAAAAGGUAAAGUAAAGUGGAUCACACACAGAUAUUUAUCAAGUGGAUACAGUUAUCCACCUGUCGAACAACUGGGCCCUGUACUUUAGUCAUUAUAGGUAAACUGUGUAUAUGUGACAUGGAUACUUAAACACGCGCUAUCAAUUUUCUCUUUGGUUUUGUAAACUAGGUGGCUGAACUUUGAGAAAGUCAUCAACGCUUUACUCUCCAAGCCAGUUUAUUACCUGAGUGUAACAAAGCUACGGACCCAUGCCAGGGAGAAGUGCUUCAUUGAUGAAGAGGAAGAGUUUACCACCAUGGUGAAUUUCUAUCAUGACCUGGGGAUAAUUAUCAAGCACCGUAGCACAGUCAUCUUGAGUACCCAGUGGCUGAUAAACUUGUUCGGACAGCUGAUCACUAUUCCAGAUUUUACGAAAAUGGUAAGAAAUGGAUUUUAAACGUGUUUUAAAAGUUGCGUGGUUUAUAAUGGUCCACAUUUUGGAUGACAUCACAGGCUUCCAACCGUGCUGUAGCUAAUAAAAAUAAUUAUAUCAAGUGCAUUGCCCGCUAUCUUUUUGAAAAUGUUAACUUUUCCUCAAAUAUUUGUAAACAGCAAAAUCGUAGUGGAUUUGGCUGCUAUUUAAUAUUUCCCCAGUUUAAAACAGUUAGGGUAGGCGACGUAAUUCUGAAAUGAAAUCUUACCCGACCAAACCUAUAACAACUGAAUUAGUACUAACGCCUGGUGAGCAGUCGUCCCUGUAAUCAACCCGCUAUACUGACGUCACUAAGAGUGAACAUUACAAUGAAACAUUUUCACUGCACUUUCUUAUUUGAACGCUGUAAUAUCCCAAGAGGAUUCUUGUUUCAAUUUCGAAGGACAUCAGGUGGCAUCACGAGGUACCGGCUAACAAUAAGAGGAGCUUAUAACAAUUUACCUGCAAUUUACCUUUUAUGUAGGCUCAAAGGAAUCGGACAACCAAACAGAGUGAAAAUACAUAUUGUAUACGGAAAGGAAACCUGACUUUUCUCCGCCCUAACUGAUGCACGCGAGGAGCGAAUUGCGAAAAAUUUAUAACACUGCUCAACCUACACAAAAAAACGAAGAAGUUUAGCUUGUACCAAGCAGUAUUGUCUCCUACGCUGACUUCCUUUUGGCUCGUUACGCAACCCUCUCCAACUAGAUUACAAGUAGUCUCUUCCUCAGGGAUAGUAGAGCGAGCGAAUUACGCGAGCGCGCGUGAAAUUUGUCAACCCUCGAGGAAGGUGACAAACGCUCCUGUAUUCUAUUCGUAGUAUAUCCUCAGUAUAGUAUAUUACGCAUAGAAUCAGCCUUUUUCACUGUGGAAUCUUCGCUGGAAUACAUAAACGCUGAUGACGUCAUAACCUUUUGUCUUUAUCUCAUGAAUAAAAUUCGGUUGAAUCUCUUAAAAGGCUUAAAAAUAGCACACGACCGUAUCUUACAGCCAGUUUACAUCGAGGUGGAGGACCCUAGGUAUGUGAGGUAACCCGCUGCUGGUCACCUCAGCUAUCAUGUAAACGUGGCCAAAUUAAAAUGGGACAUUAUGUGGACAGGCGGUUGCCUCACCUACCUAGGGUCCUCCACCUCGAUGUAAACUGGCCCUAAGAUAAGGUUGUGUGCUAUUUUUAACCCUUUGGACAGGUUUUCCCGUUAUUUCUUGGUAGAUGAAGGUCUUGCUUUUUGAUUGGUUGACGACUACAUGUAAGAAUUACGAAAAGUAUUCAUUGGUUGAUUCAGGUUGUCGAAGGAAUAAGCGCUGACUCGCCUGUGACGUAAUUAUGCAAGUUACAUUUCAUACCGCUUUCAUUGUUCAAUAAGUUGUUCAGGUUUACUACGCGCGCAAAUCGUUAAUUUUUCAUGAGUACGAAGCCACACUAGCCAUUUCUAUCACGAAAAAACAUUUUUCCACUUUCCCACAUCCCUUUUUCCUUUUCCACAUUGCAUUGUUUCACAUUGUUUCCUUCCACCAGGACAACCACGUUCCAUUCUUUUCUCUCAGCGCGAGGUUAUGGUGAACGUUGUGAAGAAAAGAAAACUUAACUUCGUAAAUCUUCUAACGUGAUUGGAAAGAAUUGUGUGACGAACCAAACGGAGGGCUGCUUAGAAGGCUAUCCUCUUUACUUUUAUUCACACAGUAGUACUUGCUAGGCAGACUACGUAACUUUUUUCUUUAUAUGCCUCCCCACACAAAAACAGGAAAGUCUAUAUCUUUUUCUUUGUUUGUUAGUUAAAAUGUUAAAUAAAAUAACGAACAAUUUACAAGUGCAUUAAUUAGCUGGCUCAAAAUUCUCCCAAAAUAUCACUAUUUUAAGAAAACUUUGUUAUUGUCCUCCACCUUAUUCCGUCUUAGGUUCCUAAGGUUGCCAAGCACUGGAAGGAAGUUAAAGAAAGCGGUGUUCUCUCCAUGGAACUGGUUGAUCUUGUGUUUUCCAACUUUCUCCUGAAGGGUGUUGCCAGGAAAGACAUUCUUGAUUUGAUGGAACGAUUUGGAUUGAUUGCAAAAUUUUCAUCUUCAAAGACAGGUGAAAAGUAUUUUGUUCCAUCUCAACUCAAAGCUUCGCCUGAUUCCCUUUGUUCCAUGAAGCCCUCAAGGCUGGACCCUUGUCCCCUGUUUGUUUACUUUGUCAGCGGUUCUGUUCCCCAUGGUCUGUUCACUCGGGUUGUUUCUCGAUCCGUCCGUUGGUGUUCAGAGGCUGGUCCAACUCAGCCCCCUACCCUGUUCCAGAAUGGAGCGUGGUUUGUUAUUGGGAAGCAAACUUUCCAUGAUUUUGUUCUUAUUUGUAAGAAGCAGUUUAUUAAGUUUUUUAUCAAGCGAAGAAACCAACCCCAGCAGAUCUCAGUAGAUGACACAAGUGAGGUGGCGGUGCAGGUUCGUGAGUUUGUGGAGGCAACUUUGCAAGUUUUGUCACGUGAUCUCUAUAAAGGUGGAUUGCAGUAUCAUAUUCGGGUCGCCUGUCCGUAUUGUCAGUGGGAAAAAUGCUCAAGCCAUAAUCAGAUUGCAUGUCCUCAUGAAGAUUGUCUUCACCUCCUUGAGUUACGACAAGGCGAUCCUCUGAUUUGCAAAAUGAAACCUGCAAAGGAGGUACUCACAGUUACGGGACAAGAACAGUGGUUCUCACAAAUAGAAAGUAAGGUAUGUAGUAGUGAAAUGCAAUCCCUAGCAGUGCUUUUAGCAUAGUACAUAUCAAUCGAAUACACAGACUACUUAAAAUUGUGUCUUUAUAAAGAGUAACCACAAUGACUGUAGCCAUAUAUUUAAACUAAAGAGGCUUCAACAAAGUCCAUGGAUGUGCUUUGUUAAGGUUAUAGUAUGAGGUUUAACGUAUGUCUUUAUUUAUCGUACCACGAGCUCCACUGGAGUGUAAGAGAAGGCUUUCUUGCUAUCAACUUAGCAAACAUUGGUACUUAAAAUCAAGUAAGUUGAUAAGGUCAAUUGGCUACCAUGUAUUAAUAAUUGUUAUUGGCGUGUAGGCAUAGCAGUUGGUAUAUAACGUUUUCUCAAGCUCUUUGUAAAUGUGCUGUUUUGCUUUGCUGUUGAGCAAUAAGUUUGUAGCAUCUACCGUGUUGAUAAAAUGUUUUGCAAACUUUCAUUAAAAAAGGUAGAAGCCCUCAGAUAUAAAAUUUUUAUUUUAAAGUAUCCAAUUUUGGUUGCAGGAAGUGUGUACUCCAUCAUCAUCACCUGAUACCGCUCAAGCUUGUCCAGAGCGUCUGGUACUGAAAGUUACCCUUCUCGCGAAUGAGUGGGGGUCGUCCAAGGGUGGCUUGUCAACAAUAAACAGAACUCUUGCCAUACAUUUGGCAAAAGACCCACACGUAGAAGUCACCAUUCUUGUACCUGAAUUUGAGUGUGGCGAAGAGCAUAAGAGAGCUGCCAAAAGUCACAACAUUUCCAUCCGGGAAGCAGGGCGCCUUCCUGCCUACAGUGAUCCUCUUGACUGGUUGAUCGUUCCCCCAGAAGACCUUGACAUUCAGGUUGUGAUCGGCCAUGGAGCAAAGCUAGGUAGACAAGCACAGAUCAUAAGAAAGUCUCAUUGCUGUAAGUGGGUGCAGGUUGUUCACACCGAGCCUGAGGAGCUUGCGAUGCAUAAGAACUAUCCAAGCGCCAUUGCCAAGGGAGAAGGGAAGAACAGAGCUGAAGUUGACCUUUGUCAAAUUGCAGAUCUCGUUGUAGCCGUUGGACCCAAGUUGAAACACGCGAUCUCGUCGCAGUUACGUUCAUCUCGUCGAGAAAUCUUUGAAUUAAUACCGGGUUCCUUUACAGAGUUUUCAGAUGUUGAGCAUUCUGAAGAAGAGAAUGUAAAUUUCAAAGUGUUAACCUUCGGUCGCGGUGAUUUUGAAGACUUUAGUCUUAAAGGAUACGACAUUGCCGCUCAAUCCAUAGUUGAAUUGAAGGACAUUUCCUAUAGUCUUGUUUUCGUUGGUGCAUCCGAUGGAAGGCAGGAUGAAGUCGCAGAAAUCUUACUCCAGAGUGGCAUUUCAAAGAACCAGCUGAUUGUGAGAGCAUUUGUGAAAGACAAACAAAGAUUGGGAGAAUUGUUUUGUGAAGUCGACCUGGUCAUCAUGCCAUCAAGAACUGAGGGGUUUGGUUUGACAGCAUUGGAGGCCAUGUCAGCUGGGCUUCCCAUUCUAGUUAGUGGAAACUCCGGAUUUGGAAAAGCACUGCGUGGUCUUCCAAACGGUGAGUCAUUCGUGAUCGAGUCUGAUGACCCCAAGGAAUGGGCAAAGGCAAUUGCAGCCAUCCGUCAAAAAUCGAGGACACAGCGGCUUGAGGAAAUCCAAAGACUGCGAAGAAGUUAUGAUGAAAGAUUUUGUUGGGAGAGACAGUGCCAGGCCCUUGUCGCCAGAAUGUGGAUGAUGGUCUAUGGUAAGAAGUUAACUUAGCCUAAAGGAGAGUAAUGAUGAUAGUAACUAUUAUUCAUUCAAAAUAUUUUCCGUUUUUGAUUGGCUAAAAGCGCAUGCAUAAUUCAUCAUAAACAGCUACUGUUGAGCAAAUUUGUCAUUUUGAACAAAUGACGUCAAAAGUGCAGCCAAAGUUGCAGAUUACUGAACCGUUAACCGAGAAUACCUGGGGACGAGGUUGAGUUGUUUUGGUGGUGAGAAAAUGACUGAAACAGUCGGCGAAACAUUGUCAAAAUCAUAGCAAGAAGAGAAAGAAGAAGAGAACUCGACGGAUAACAUCCGCUAUUUGGAGUAUAUUUACAGAGCAGAACAGACUUUUAUCUCCUUAAUUUCUCGAUAAAGAUGCACUAUCGAUAUAAACUAAACUCGACCGAGAAAAGAAAGUUUCAGCUUGUUUUUAGACUUGGAAUUAUUUUCGGAGGGUGUUAUCCACCUCGGCCUUCGUCCUCGGUGGAUAACACCCUCCUCGAUCUACAGAAUUCUUCAUAUCCUACGAAAGCCGAAUUCAAUAAUUGCUAAUUAUUACUUCAAACACGGUGAAAAUGUCAAGUGCGUAUCUCAUAUCAGGAUUAGCCUUUGUUUUGCCUUUAUGAUUCAUCCCCGUAUUUUAUUUGCUUCAGCAAGAGCAAGUGCGUGAGCAAAUUUAAUAGUAUUAUGUUAGGCGGUGAAUGUGAACAGCUGCAGAAAGAUUGCCAACGUUAACCUUUUAAACCUCAAUAACAGCAUUCAUAUUCUCUACACUGUUAUCCAUACAUAUCUUGUGGUACUGAUAAGGAGAAUUUGUUUAACACAAAAUAAAUGGAGGACUUCUCAGAUUGGAAUCGUUAUUUUUUUUCUGUAAUUCAAGGUUUUUUUUCUUAAAUUUUACAGGUGUUGAAAAGACCAAAGAAGAUACCGUUCCACAGAAUGACUUUGAAAACGAUGCGGCAAAAGGAUCGAUAACUGGUGAUGUGGUUGUUUGAUUUCUCAAAUAAACCAGAACCAAAAUUUAUUUUUGUAGUAGAGUGGGGUUAUCUUGUUCUCUUGAAACCAGGACAAAUUUUUAUUUUCGGCUGUUUGUACCUAAAGACCAGUUCAUCAUGUCCUAUUAAACUGACGUGAAAUAACCUCAUUCUUAUUUUAAUAAUUUCCCUCUGCCGUUUACAGGCGAAGCAAUUUUCCUUGCACUUCAACAAAUCCUGCUGGAAGCACGCACAGAGUCCAGCAAAACUGAGCUGUCGCAGGCUUUAAAGAGGACUGCGUUAGAGAAAGGUUUUGCGAUAUCUGACAAUCAAGGAGAGGGAAACUGCAUGUUUUUUGCACUUUCAGAGCAGCUUGACCUCAUCAAAGGAAUUCAGAUAUCCCAUGAUGAGUUACGCCGAACUAUUGUGCAACAUCUUCGGGAAAACCCCAGUCUGGUAAGUACCUUUGGUUAUUGUUUUUUCUACGGUGGAUUUAUUUGCAAUAUAUGCGAAAGCCGUCGCAUUUUCCCGCUCAAAUCUUUUUAUUGCUUUUAAGCUUAAAAGCAAUAAGGUCUUGUUCUAACGUAUCCGAAAUACGUGUCCACACGUAGCGUAUUUGAAUUUUUUGCGCCUGUCACAUAAAUACGCUGAAAUGAUUGACAUACGAUGAAAUCCCUUACAGAGCAAACUCAGUGAUACUAGCAUAUAAUGCAUGACAUCAUUGUAUUAGAAAACCUCUGUUUUCUUCCGUCCACACGUAAACGAGAAUUCGGCGUUUUCAAAAGUCCACUCUGGAGACCGCUUUCUGGGGACCUGUUUUUUUGGUGCCCGAAAAGGCCGUUUUCUCGUGGACGGAAGGCUAAAAAUACCCCGAUACGUGUGGACGGGGCCUUAAAUUCUUGCAGCCAAAUGCUAGGGCUUUACAGGUAUGAUGCAAAUGAAUCCACCCUUUAUGAGCAAAACAUCAGCUCUGCACGAGCAUCACGCUUAUUUGUAUUUUUCUUCGUCUUCCACUGCACGACUUGCAGUCUCCUAAUGCGACGUUUUGUGGAGGGCCUCGAAAGCAUGGCGACGAAAUAUUGUUAUUGGAUCCGGAUGCUACCCUUAGAAUUCAAAUCCAGGAAAUUUCUUCUACUUUUUUUAAUUUGAAAAACGUUACAUAAGCGCCAUAAAGGUUUAAAAUAAAGCAAGUUCAUUUCCUUUAAUCACGUUUUUGACUCGGAGGCGUAAAUGAAAACAGAUUUUAGGAAAUCUGUUUCUGUCGCCUCGAUCGUCUGACUCAUGUCCUAAUUUUUUAUAAGUACUAUGUUAUUUUGGUAAGUAUGAAAUGUUCACCAAAAGCCGCUUUGUUCGAACGGCACAUGUCUACUUAGUGAAAUGAAGUGAAUACUUUAUUUAAAGAGGGUAAGACUCGACAAGUAUAGUAUGAACGGAUAAACUUGAGAUCGUCAAUACUUGUUAUAUUUGUAGGGUCAUUUCUGACCCAACAUACUGGUCGAAAUUUCCAAACUUUUAUUUUUUCAUAGUAAACACCUCUUCCCCCCUCUUUUACACGUGUAACGGACACCUCCCUAAAACCUCCUAAAGUACUUUCCUAAACGUGUUGGUCCCUGCCGUUCUUAAUUGUUUUUCUUGGAAAGAAAGAGAGUAAGGAGAGUAGUAUGGGAUGCAAACGUUAGACCUCGUUUUUGAAGUGAAAUCUCAUUAGUAUGAAGUGGAGCAAAUAAAUGUCAAUGGCAUCCUUAUCUCUUGAAUAAAAUGCGGUAGAAUCUCAUCAACAUAACGUCACGAGCUAUACGAGGGAUGUAGUGUGCAGGGAUCAUGUUAUGAGUACGAGAAAAUACGUCUGUAAGCUUCAACUUCAAGAGCUUUAUUACGCGGGAUGACGUAGUCAGCCAGCGUCUAAAAUCCGGUAGCACAUUCCUUUCGUCGUCUUGGGAGUCAAAAAUUGCCUUGUUUUUUUAACUUUCCCGUAUCCCGUGCCCGUCCCGAAAAAUUGUGUGGAUUUUUAUUGGCCGCAACGUCGAAGCACGUGCAAGUCAGGCUGGAUUGCACAAGCCGAAAAAAGAUACUGCGUCAGCAAAGGAGGGAAAAGUAAGGUCACCGUGUAGAGGAGGACGAAGACUCAAGGCCGUGCUCUUAAUACGGCGCAAGACUUGGCCUCGGGCGGCUGAAAAUAUUGUCUAGGUGGCCCAGCCGGGCGACUUGCUGGUGUUGGUUUCUUGUCUCUGUUGAGUUACAGUCAAAAAGCUAAGAAUGUCUAGAAUUUAUUGACUUGCGAAAUCGUAGCUCUCUCGGUGGCUUAACGGCCUAAAAAGAACGCUCCGCUCGCUAAGAAACUCUUGAGGUCGACUUGUAAGUAGCAAUAAGUAGCAUGUCUAUCAAAAAGCUUUAGGAAAAUGUUGUUAAAUCGGGCAGCGGGCACGCGUUGAUGUUCAAAGGUUGUUUCACGUGAAUUCACAUGUAACAUAAUCCUUGACUAUGAACGUGACAAGCUGCACAGUUUUCGAUAGUAACAGCUUUUCAUAAUAACAUUGAAAUUUUUUCUUCAAAUUACGAUUGUGCAUUAGUUAGUUUUUCAAAACAAAUUGUUACUUUUGCUCUGACAGGCGUGAAGUACGGUCGGCGACGCAAAACAAUAUUUUUGUAUUUUGAAAAAUCGCUGAAUAAACAACGGGUCGGUCUUUUAUGUUCUUUAAAUAUUUUUACCUUUUUUUACUGCUGUGUCUGCGAGGCUAAAACAUAACUAAGAUUGUUAUUCCAGUAAAAUACGAUGCAUAAAAAAGAAAAGAAACGACUAUAGUAAUUGUGAUUGUUCUAGAAUCGGGUAUCAUAUUUACGGUUAGGAAACGUAUCAGGAUAUUUGUACUGUAGGUGAAAAGUAAAGUGUUCUUCAUUCAAUUUAUUAAAAAAAUGGGUCAAUUCAUUUUUUGAUGACCUAUUUAAAGGAUUGAUAAAUUAGAUACGUAAAUGGAAAGUGACUAAGUUGGGAUCGCAAAAAUUACAUAUUUGCCCAAGAGUGACUAAUGUGGGGUCUACAAUUGGCCACAGCAAAGACUAUAAUGGGGUAGGGGCUCUGAGAGGCCAGCGGCACAUACCCAGCAAAAUUAACGCAAGUAACCCCCCGGGGGGCGCCGCGGUUUCGUUGAAAUCAUAACAGUUUUCCUGGAAAGCUCCACGGGAUCUCAGUCAAUCUUAAUAAGCGAAUUUUCUUUUCAACCUAAAUCAAAAUGAUUAGUAAAAAGAAUAGUGCCCUUAUUUUUGACCCCUAAUUUACUUUGCCAUUUACAAAACAUGAAAUGUUCGGCGGCAUUGUCCAUGUUUCUCAUAUGGCGCGAAAACUUACUUUCAUAUGACAACGUGCCGGGUUUUUUUUUUCGCACGCUCAGGAGGUCAAAGGGAUGUGAUUUUUCAUGAAAAAAAUAUUCACAGACUUCUGCUUGACUUGUUAAGAAAAUAAUUUGUUUAAUUUUUAAUAAUUAACUAACAGCUCAUUGAUUUAUUAAUUUGGGCGACCAACUUUGAGGCCCGGGCACCCCAGCUAAAAAUGCUUCGGGCGCCCAAAGGGCUCCCUGAAGUUUUCCCUAGAACACUUCCUUGAAGCCCUGUAGUUAUUGGAAGUAUGAUACAUUACAUGCUAUUGUUAAAUGUGGAAGCGCAUUUUUUGAGGACAUUAGUAAAGGAAUGCAAAUUUUAGUGAACUACCCCAUACUACUAAGAUAUAUGGUGGUAAUAUUGAUGUAAGUUUUGUUUUGAGUAGCAACGGAACCCUUGUGUGUAACUCAUCUUCUAGUGUAUUAGUCCUGAACAUAACAUCUCCGUCUCUCCUGCACACAUUUGUUGCAUACACUGCACAACUUUCCAUUGCCAUCCAACAUACCCGUAAUUCUUUCUUAAACCCACACAUCCCGCGUAAACGCCUUCGGGCGUCUUCUUGUUGCAGUAGUUUUACACUUCAUGUGAUCCUCGAGAUCACGUGACAAUCACAGGACAACCAACUUAUCAUAACAUCCCCCUUCUUAAGCUAUUUGGCUGUCUUAAAGAGUUUAUGCUAGUACAAGUGAAAACGGGAACAAGAAGUUAACAACUCAAGUAUAGAUGGAUCUACAAUACAACUAUGUUACAUAACAUAAUCCUUAUGCCAAACCGGAACGGAUCUAACCCGAGUAGAGCGACGCGGAGCCGAGGCGGCAUUAACAUCGGGUGGGUCUGGUUCCAGGUUAGCACCUGAUUCUCUAGUUACACUUGGAGAGUUUACACUGGAUUGCAUGGUUACAGGCUGUGACUCAUCAAUGAGAUCAUCAUUUACUAUAGUAACAGGUGGUUCCUGAGUAAGAUGAAUAUGACGCCUAUUUCUACGAUACUCUCUACCUGUUUCAUCAGUGAUUAUAAACGAUCUGGGUGUCUCAUGUUUUCCUGUAACUACAGCCUGUGACAAAUGCUUGUCACUUGGUUUCUUGAACCUUACACUUUCCCCUUCCUUGAGUUGAGGCAAUUGUUUGGAGCCUCGGAGGUCAUAGAAUUCUUUGUAUUUAGCUUG